AUGGGCAAGAAACGCGUUCUUAUUUCAUAUGGUGUCGACGUAGAUGCGGUAUGUGGGUGGCUUGGAUCGUAUGGCGGAGAAGACAGUACCAGCGACAUUUCGCGCGGUCUGUUUGCUGGCACAGUUGGUACGCAGCGCCUCUUGAAGCUGUUCAAGAAGUACGACAUGAAGACCACAUGGUUCAUUCCGGGCCAUAGUCUAGAGACUUUCCCAGAAGACAUGGCUGCAGUACGCGACGCUGGGCACGAGAUUGGUCUUCACGGUUACAGUCACGAAAACCCCGUCGAUAUGAGCAUGGAACAACAGCGAGACGUGCUUGACAAGACAUAUCGCAUGUUGACCGAGUUCGCUGGCAAACCUCCCAGGGGAAGUGUUGCGCCCUGGUGGGAGACGAGUCGCGAAGGUGCAGAACUGCUUCUUUCUUAUGGUAUUGAAUACGACCACAGCAUGAGCCAUCACGACUGCCAACCUUACUAUCUCAGAACUGGAGACUCUUGGACUAAGAUUGACUACGAGAAGAAAGCCAAAGAUUGGAUGAAGCCGCUCGUUGCAGGUCAACAGACUGGCUUGGUUGAGAUUCCAGCAAACUGGUAUCUUGAUGAUCUGCCACCUCACAUGUUUAUCAAGUCCUCGCCGAACAGCCAUGGCUUUGUCAAUGCACGAGACACUGAAGACUUGUGGAGAGAUCACUUCGACUACUUCUACCGCGAGUAUGAUGAGUUCAUCUUUCCUAUCACAAUCCACCCUGACGUAUCUGGACGACCACAUCUACUCUUGAUGCACGAAAGGUUGAUUGAGCACUUCAAGAAGCAUGAAGGUGUUGAAUUCGUGACUAUGGAACAGAUGGCGGAUGAGUUCAAAAAGAAGAGCCCGCCACCCGAGGGAGCACUCAUGCCGGCCGAAGCAGGCCUUAAACUGAAAGAGUAG